AUUGGUAAGGGGGCAUCUGCUGCUCGAGGUGAAGACACCAAGUUGUUGAAACCUGUGGUGAUCGACUGGAUAGUACCUGCAGAAGAAGUGAUCCUGCCUCCUUUGCCAUGGUAUUCCAAGAUCAGUUGUGGCUUUAACCAACUCUUACUGGCUGAUUACUCUGUCCUUGUGAAAUGGAUUGGAAUGACGCAGAGUAGGCUGCUUUAUUUUUAUUCAGACAUCAAUUACUGA